AUGGCAGACCAGAUUGGCAACAACAGUGGCUUUAACAUUGCUAACAACUCAGGACAGAUUGGUUCUGGGAAUAACUUCUCAGUCCAAGGAGGUGGUGGUUGUGGUUCCUCUGUGGGCAACAACUCUGACCUUUGUGUUUCUGGAAACAACUCAGGAUCCAUCGGUUCAGGGAACUGUGAUACUGUCGGUGCAGCGAUGGCAGACCAGAUUGGCAACAACAGUGGCUUUAACAUUGCUAACAACUCAGGACAGAUUGGUUCUGGGAAUAACUUCUCAGUCCAAGGAGGUGCUGGUUGUGGUUCCUCUGUGGGCAACAACUCUGACCUUUGUGUUUCUGGAAACAACUCAGGAUCCAUCGGUUCAGGGAACUGUUAUACUGUCGGUGCAGCGAUGGCAGACCAGAUUGGCAACAACAGUGGCUUUAACAUUGCUAACAACUCAGGACAGAUUGGUUCUGGGAAUAACUUCUCAGUCCAAGGAGGUGCUGGUUGUGGUUCCUCUGUGGGCAACAACUCUGACCUUUGUGUUUCUGGAAACAACUCAGGAUCCAUCGGUUCAGGGAACUGUUAUACUGUCGGUGCAGCGAUGGCAGACCAGAUUGGCAACAACAGUGGCUUUAACAUUGCUAACAACUCAGGACAGAUUGGUUCUGGGAAUAACUUCUCAGUCCAAGGAGGUGCUGGUUGUGGUUCCUCUGUGGGCAACAACUCUGACCUUUGUGUUUCUGGAAACAACUCAGGAUCCAUCGGUUCAGGGAACUGUUAUACUGUCGGUGCAGCGAUGGCAGACCAGAUUGGCAACAACAGUGGCUUUAACAUUGCUAACAACUCAGGACAGAUUGGUUCUGGGAAUAACUUCUCAGUCCAAGGAGGUGCUGGUUGUGGUUCCUCUGUGGGCAACAACUCUGACCUUUGUGUUUCUGGAAACAACUCAGGAUCCAUCGGUUCAGGGAACUGUUAUACUGUCGGUGGAGGAAGAGGACACCAGACAAGUAUUGGAAACGCCACUAAUCUGGAUGUUUCUUGUAACUCCGGGUCCAUUGCCUCCGGAAACUCUUUCAAUGUGCAGCAGUAG